UGUCUAAAAGUCAAAGUCUAGGCAAAGGCAUAAAAAAGCGUCCCAAAAUUACCCAACAUUUUCCAUUCCUUCCAUUCUGUCAUACAAAUUCUAUGAAAAAUGGUACCUAACGGAAUGGAAAUAAAAAUCUUGGGACACUUUUUUUCUCACAUUAAGAUCGAAAGAGCUUGCGAUUGUGAGUAGAAAGAAGCAUAAAUAUAUAUCCAAAAAAAAAUAGUCUACAAUUUAAAAAAAAAGGCACACAAGAUGUUCACGUUCUCCAUUGCGUUUAUUUUCUCACGGUCUUUCUUAUAUUUAUUUUGGAUUACAUUUUUAUAUGCCUAAAACCUGUUUGAAAUAUUUUUACGUAGGUACCUACUCAAAGUUAUCUAUUGUUCCUUAAAAAAUGAAUUUUAAGUUCGUUUGUUUUGUGGUGUCGCGGAACCCACUUUACGCGGCACCAAUUUGCACUUGUCCAGUUUAUGUUUCAUAUAUCAUAAUCUUCACUUGGGUCACGGCAAUAGUGCCAUAGAAGUUUUGUUCGCGCACACUAGUGUUAUAUUUUUUACAAUUUGAUGUUAACAGAUAUGGCACCGUACAUAGAAGAAAAAGAGAUAUCGUUAGCAGAGAAUUCUAAGCCCCUACCUCCACAGACAGCGCCGCGGGAAUACACGAUAGUGUACUCUGUGGUACUGAUCUUCGUGUAUUGGCACAUUGGAGCGCUGUAUGGGCUGUAUCUGGGGUUCACCUCUGCAAAAUGGGCGACUAUAAUAUUCAACUACGUGAUAUACGUGACAGGGGGCUUCGCAAUAACGGCCGGAGCGCACCGGCUCUGGUCGCACCGCGCUUUCAAGGCCACGUUGCCGCUGCAGCUCCUGCUCAUGCUGCUGCAGACCAUGUCGUGCCAGAAGAGUGUUCUUAACUGGGUCCGGGAUCACAGGUUACACCACAAGUAUUGCGACACUGACGCGGACCCAUACAACUCAACCAGAGGGAUAUUUUACUCCCACGUCGGCUGGUUGCUGGUGAAGAAACAUCCAGAAGUCAUUCGAAAAGGAAGAACGAUUGACAUGUCGGAUUUAGAGAACAAUCCUGUGUUAAAGUUUCAAAAGAAAUACUACCUCAUUUUGGUCACUCUAAUGGCGUUCAUACUUCCCGCGCUAAUACCAGUAAUCUUCUGGCAAGAGUCUCUGAACAUCGCACACCACGUUUCCCUAGUCCAUCUCGUCGUAGGGUCUCAUAUGACAUUCGCUAUAAACAGUAUCGCGCACGCGUUUGGGACCAAGCCUUAUGAUAAAACCAUAUCACCGACGCAAAGUCUAUCCUUGUCUCUGGUCACAUUUGGAGAAGGAUAUCACAACUAUCACCACGUUUUCCCAUUUGAUUAUAGAGUCGCCGAAUUGGGAAACAAUUAUUUAAAUUUGACUACGAAUUUCAUCGAUUUCUUCGCGUGGAUCGGAUGGGCGUAUGACUUGAAAUAUGCGUCUCCUGAUAUGGUUGCGAAAAGAGUGAAAAGAACAGGCGAUGGGACUGAUUUGUGGGGACGAGUUAUAGAAGAUGCGGACACCUAUUCGGGCCAGUAGACCACAUGGAAACUAAAACUAUGAUGACUCGAUUUUUUUUGCAUCAAACAUGGAAAUUAAAAAUACUUAUAGGACUGACAAGCAUUGACGAAGAGCUUAAUAUAACUACAACGCCUCGUUGUCGUAGUAGGCUUAAGUGUGUGUGUGUGUGUGUGUUUGUGUGUUCUAAUAAGUCGUCAAUCUCUAUAGAUAUUACAUUUUUACCUUUUUAUUUCCAUACUCUUGCACUCAUAUGCGCUAACACUCGUACGACUUGAAAUAUGCGUCUCCUAAUAUGGUUGCGAAAAGAGUGCAAAAGAACAGGCGAUGGGACUGAUUUGUGGGGACGAGUUAUAGAAGAUGCGGAUACCUAUUCAAGCCAGUAGACCACAUGGAAACUAAAAAACAGGAUGAGAAAAUCGAUAUUGUAAAACUAAGUGAAUAUAUGGACGCAGUUUUAAAUAA